AUUCCCCUCGUAUUUUUUGACCCUUUUCCCUUUUUUUAAUCCUAAAGAAGACUUCUUCUUCUACCUUUACACCUCUCCUCUACUCCCAAAAAAAGGUUCAAAACUUGCGACUGUAACAUUAAUUUGUACACUUUUCUUCAUUAGAUGAUUGUCUAGGAUUAUCCGAUCCCCAGAUUUCAUAUUUUCAUUUCAUUCUUUCAGCUCAUAUUCAGGUCAAUUACCAAUAUCUAAGCAAGGGUUUUUUUUUUUUUUUUUUUUUUUUUUAUUUUCACAAAAGGGUCUUUGCAUAGAGAGAUGCAAGACCUUAAUUUUGUUCUAAAAUAAAUAAAAUUAAUUGUUUUGGUGGUCUUUAAAUUCUUUUUUUUUAUUUUUUUUGGUGGGUGUUUGAAUAUUUUGGGAAAUGGGAAAUAUAUUUGUGAAGAAACCAAAGAUUACUGAAGUUGAUAAAGCAAUUCUUUCUUUAAAGACUCAAAGGCGUAAACUUGCUCAAUAUCAACAACAGUUGGAUGCUGUCAUUGAAGCUGAGAAACAAGCUGCAAAAGACUUGCUACGUGAAAAGAAGAAAGAGAGGGCCCUUUUAGCAUUGAAAAAGAAGAAGGUGCAAGAAGAACUGUUAAAGCAAGUUGAUGUCUGGCUCAUAAAUGUCGAGCAGCAAUUGGCAGAUAUUGAACUGACAAGCAAGCAGAAGGCUGUCUUUGAGAGUUUGAAAACUGGAAAUAAUGCAAUCAAAGCAAUUCAAAGUGAAAUUAACCUAGAGGAUGUUCAAAAGUUAAUGGAUGAUACAGCAGAGGCAAAAGCUUAUCAAGAUGAAGUCAAUGCUAUUCUUGGAGAGAAGCUAUCUGCUGAAGAUGAGGAGGAAGUUCUAGCAGAAUUUGAGAAUCUGGAAUCUCAGUUAACGCUUCAAGAUCUGCCAGAAGUUCCUUCUGCAGUACCUUCUGCUGAAAACGCUGAAGAGAAACUGGAUCUACCUGACGUACCAACUAAAGCACCAGUCAUUACAGAAGCUGUUAUGGAGGACACUGAAGAUACUUCAGCUGGCGUGUCUGUGCAAAAGAAAGUUUUGGAGGAACCAAUACCUGCUUGAUUCCACCGCAACUUGGUUGGUUCAUAAGUUCGAAUUUGGUGAAAUUUAUCAGACAGAAUGUCAAGUUUCAGAAUGCUAUGAAAGUCUUCUCAAUGCUGAGAAUUUGUAAUUUAUUCCAAAAUUUCUAUCAUCUCUUGUGAUUUGUGCAAAUUGUGGUCGUAUUUCUGGUCAGAUUUGUACAGUUCUUUUGCGAGUUGUUGACACAUACCAAGUCAUUUACCAUUAUCUUUAUUCUCA